UCUAGUUAGAGGCUGCAAAAACUAUCGAUAGGUAUUCACGCCGCGCGUUCGCAUUAAUAUUAUUGUAAAAUAAAUAAAUAAAGUGUAUUAACCAUGUGCAGCGUGUAAAUAAAUGUGUGCGUAAGACGCGUGUGUUAAAACCCAACACGUAAGUGAAGUGCGCGCAGACAACAGCAGCAGCAGCAACAACAAAAUCUCUGGCGCUGCUUGCGCCCACACCAAGAGCAGCAGCAGCAGGAGCAACAACAACAAAAAGACCGAAUCAAGUGAGCGGAGCGCAGCAAAGCGCAGCAAGCAAGCAACUAAAGUGCCAAUAAUAACAAUAACUAAUUCGGCGCUUAUAAAACAAAAAUCGGUUAAUAAAAUUAAAACUAAAUGCGGUUGCCUAAAAUCACCCGCACCGACAACAACAAUAAUAAAAGCAACAACAACAACUGUUGUUCAUGUGCUAGCUGCCAGUAAACGUGUGCGUGUGUUUAUGUUUGUGUGCGCGCGUGUGUGUGUGUCGAGUGCGUGCGUGUGACAGCAGCAACAACAAAAGCAUUGGGCUUGCAAUCAACGGGAUCGGAAGCACUUGACGUCGCAGUCGCCGUCGCGGUACGCGUCGCAGUCGCCGCUGCUGUUAAUUUUGUAAAUGUUAAAAAUAUAAAAAAAAAUAUGAAAUACAAAUAAUCAAUUAAAUGCGUUUGUUGUAAUCAAUCGUUGGACCAAUUGGCGUUGCAUGUGUUUGUGUGUUUUCUUUUCGGCUUUUCUGCUUCAACGAAUAAACCAUUAAAAUGAAAUAACAAAAUAAGGAAAAACCGUAAAAGAAAUUAUUAUCUGCUUGCGUGUUGUUGUUUGCCUUUGUUUGCGUUUUUAGUGCGCGUCGUCCCGUGCAUUUUGUUUCCUGUUCUCGCUCUUACACUUACACACACACAAUCGCACUCGCGCGCGCUUCUUGUUGUUUAUUGAUGCAUGUGUGUGUGCGUCGCCAACGGUUAUUGUCAAGCGUUUUCGCGACAAGUUCUUAUCAGCGCGACGCAACGGCAACGGCUGUGGGUUCAAGUUCGUCGCUGUCUGCGACGACAACAACAGCAACAACAACAACAACAAUUGCAACAAUAGCAACAAUUAUAACUACAACAACAACAGCAGCAAUAAGAAACGUGACUAAUGCACUGCUCGCGUAGCCUCUCAGCUGCUGCGGAUACAACAACAUUCUUCAGCGCCGCAGCAGCAGCGUCUGCGUCCGCAUCGGCGUCGGCGUCCUCUGCCAGCACAACACCAACAAUGGCCACAACAACAACAACAACGACGACAAAUGCUAAAGAUGGCGUCACAAUGCGCGAGAAAAAAGGCGGCGCCCUGCAGAAGCUCAAAAAGAGGCUAUCGCACAGCUUCGGCAGAUUAACUAUUUCCCGCGAGGAUGGCGACGAUUCCACACAUCAUCAUCACCAUCAUCAUAAUCAUCAUCGCGGCGGUGGCGCCCAUCAUAAUCACGGUAAUAAAGUUCCAUUCAAUGGUUACAAUUCGGAAGAGUAUCUGGAUCGACUGGAACCAAAUGGCAAUAUACCCGCUGACAAAACAAAUUGCAGAUAUGGCGCACAAGAAUCUGCGAAAAAUGAUAAUAAUAAACCACAAGACUGGCGCAGCACGGACAGCACCGACCAUCACGAUCGCGUACAGCGACAAUUGUCGGUCUCGUCGGACAGCAAACUGCUGGAUGAGGAUAUCAGGGAGGAGAUGAAGUAUCAUUCGCAUGUCGUCAUGCGACCCAAGAAGCCGCCCAGACCCAAGUCCGAGGUGUUUCUCAACAAACAAGAUCCACUUCCGCGACGAAAACGUUUCAGUGCAUUUGGUGGCGAUUCACCAUUUGGCAAGCAGGAGGCCUACGUCAAACUGGAACCGCUCGGUGAAGGCUCCUAUGCGACAGUCUACAAAGGAUUUAGCAAAUUAACCUACCAGCGUGUUGCACUGAAGGAGAUCCGUCUGCAGGAGGAGGAGGGCGCCCCAUUCACGGCCAUACGGGAGGCGUCGCUGCUAAAAGAACUGAAACACAGCAACAUUGUGACCCUGCACGAUAUCGUGCACACCCGCGAGACGCUGACCUUUGUCUUUGAAUAUGUGAAUACCGAUCUAUCGCAAUAUAUGGAGAAGCAUCCGGGUGGCCUGGACCAUCGCAAUGUGCGUCUGUUCCUUUUCCAGCUCCUGCGCGGUCUCUCCUACUGCCACAAGCGUCGCGUCCUCCAUCGCGAUGUUAAGCCACAGAAUCUGCUAAUCAGCGACUGUGGCGAACUGAAGCUUGCCGAUUUUGGCCUGGCCCGUGCCAAGAGCGUGCCCAGCCACACGUAUUCACAUGAAGUGGUUACGUUAUGGUACCGUCCACCAGAUGUACUGCUGGGCAGCACAGAGUACUCCACGUCGCUGGACAUGUGGGGCGUUGGCUGUAUAUUUGUGGAGAUGGUGACUGGUAUGCCAACAUUCCCGGGCAUACGUGAUACAUACGAUCAGCUGGAUAAGAUAUUCAAAUUGCUGGGCACGCCCACCGAGGACACGUGGCAGGGCGUCACACAUUUCCCAGGCUACAAACCGCACAAGUUGGGUUUCUAUCGACCACGGAAACUGGGUCACAAUUUUCCACGGCUGUACGACAUUAUCGAGGGCGAGACGAUAGCGAACGCGUUCCUGCAGCUCAAUCCCGAGCAGCGCAUCGGCGCCGAGGAGGCACUGCUGCAUCCCUACUUUGCGCAAUUGCCAAAGAAACUCUACGAAUUGCCAGACGAAACCUCAAUUUUCACCGUGGAAGGCGUGCAGCUGCAUACAGAACCGAAUCGACAGAAUAAAUGAAAAUUAAAGCAGGUCCUCUCAGUGGAUGGCGUACGUUUCUAUUGUUAGACCAAAAUACGAUCUACAACAAAUAUCAGCCCAACAACAACCCAGCUACACCCAGCAACUAAACAACCCACUAAACAACCCACAAAACAACCCAGCAAACAACUCAGCAACAAACAACAACAAACAACAACAACAACUACAAUCGGCAGCCAUAAUGAAAAGUGUACGAAAAAUAACGAGUUUUGUACCAUAAUUUGUCAAAUUCUUAGUUCGAUUUCAGAUUGUGAAUUUCAGUGGGCGCGAGAGAGGAGUGGGAAGGGGGAGGGGAAGGAGGAGGGGAACAGCGACAGCAUUUCAGUCAAAUUCGUGCCUGGGCAUUAGUUAGUUUAGUUAUUUAAGCUAUCAACGUCGUCUUCUUAGCGCCUUCAUCAAUAAGGAUACUCAGUUUAGUCAAUUAUUGUUUUUCGCAACAGGAGUACGGACUUUUCGAAAGUUUAUUUUUUUUAAAUUUAUAUGAAAUUUAUACUACAGAUUUUUUUGCAAGAAAAGUAUUUCGUUUUCAUUUCUCUAGUUUUUUGAUUAAGCAAAAAGCAAAUAUUGUAGAUUUUUCUGUUGUGCUGUCUGUGUAUACAAAAAGAAAAAGUCCAAUUAUUCUUUGUGUUUGUUUUUCGUUUCUAAAAAAAAUAUAUAUAGAGUGCUGUGUUUGCUUCUACAGGGACAAGUUUAAUAGGAUUUCUCAAAAGUAAAGUUACAAAAUUGAAAUUAAUAUUAAAUCAAGUCGAAAUUGUUUUUUUUGUUUCUUGUAUGCACGUAAAUCAUAAAUUUAACUUUAAGUAGUUGCAUUCAAUUUAUCUCUGUGUGUUUCCAACUGACUAACACAACCAUUUCCUUAUGGGUAUGAGUCAAGACCCCGGGCUACCUAAGACAAGUUUAUAGUUCCGAUAAAGAAAUCACCUAAAACCUUAUGCCUAUCUAAAGUUCUCUCACAAUUCAAUAAAUAUCAUAGAUUCAUGUGUCUGCAAAUGUCGGAAGCAUAAACAGAUCCUAUAAAGCAUAUAUAUAUGAAUGUGUAUGCAUAUUCCUUCCUUUGAACAACUAUAAACUAUAGCGUAUAUUUGUUUCAAAUGUCUGUGAGAGUAUUUAAGUUUCGGCUUGCGCCGAUAGCCAGCUCUUGAUUGUUUCAUUUAAAUACUAUAUUAUUAUUUUUAACGCUCUUUUGUCAUUAAAAAGAAGAGGAAAAAACAAGAAAAUUUUGCCGCGCUGUUUAAGUGAUACAUUUUUAAUUAUUAUUAAUUAAAAUACAAAUAAUAAAUGAAUUUAUGUAUAAAGCAAACAAUUAAAAAACAACAAAACAAAUAAAUUUAAAUCAUUUAUACCGUA